AUGAGCUCAACGAGCGGCAACUACGGUUCCGUCACCAACUCGGCUCCGGUCGUGAACGGCGACUCGCAUGCCCACGCCGAUGAAGAGCAACCCCUUCUUGGCGGCGGAGGCGGCGCCCGGAAACCAGCUUCCAAGUCUCUGCGAAAGAAGCUCACCACAGACGUGCAGCGCGACUGGGCCGACCUGGUUCUCCUGGCAUGCUACAUCAUCACCGGCCUACUCGAUAGCUCUUCCAUCUCCAUCUGGGGCUCUUUUGUGUCUAUGCAAACAGGUAAGAUCCCUUCCAAGCCUUCCUUACCCACAAUAACGGCCCGAAGCUUCGCGUUCCACAGUACUGACACGGAACAAAAAACAGGAAACACAGUCUACAUCGGCCUCGGCCUCGCCGCGCCCACCGAAUCCACCCGCUGGAUCAAAUCCGCCACCUCGCUCAUCUCAUUCUGUCUAGGCUCGUUCUUCUUCAGCCGAUUCCACCGCUUCUUCUCCCCCAAGAAGCGCUGGGUCCUCUGCGCGUCCUUCAUCGCCCAGACCCUCCUCUGCGUCGCCGCCGCCGUCAUCCUGACCGUUGGUCCUGCGGCCGGCAAGGACGAGAUCGCCUGGAACGUCCUGGUGCCUAUUGCCCUCAUCGCCUUCCAGAGCUGCGGUCAGGCUGUCACCAGCCGCGCGCUGAAGUAUAACGCGCUCACCAGCGUUGUAUUGACAAGUAUCUACUGCGACCUCUUCUCUGACGCUGAGCUUUUUAGCGUUCACAAUGCUGAGCGGAACCGAAGAGUUGGCGCGCCUGUAUUGCUUCUUGUUGGUGCCAUUUGCGGCGGCUUGUUUGCGCACAGUUCCCUGGGAAUUGCUGGCGCUCUGUGGACGGCCGCUUUCUUGAAGUUCCUCAUCGUCUUGUCGUGGUUCUUCUGGCCGGGUGAACCGACUUCGGACGAAGAGUAG